UCAUUUUCCAUCUUACAGCGGCAGGAUUUAGCAGCAGGCGCCUUUGGAAUGAAUGGUGGGGGGUGUUCUGGUGGAGGACUGAACCUUUUCUAGAGCUGCUAUACUUGUUGGAGGAGGCUAAAGGAUGAGCUAGGAGGAAGAGAGAGGGAGAGAAGACCCUUUUCAUGAGAAGAAGGGAGCAAUACGAUUACCAGUGAGCAGCUACUACUCUUAUCAAUCUCUUUCUUUGCUUCCUUUCUGCAGAAAAUGAUGUGUUCUCUCCUACUACCCGCACCCUUCAAUCCAAACACAAGCACAUCUGACACAAAGAUCUUCUUCCCUAGACUCCCACCCUCCAAUACUUCUUGUUUCACCCAAGAUGUGCAGCCAACUAUGCUUCUUGAUUCCCAACAGGAGAGGAGAAAUUCUGAAGGAAGCUUUACCUAUAUGGAAGAGGGAGACGCCCAUCCUAGCAUCUCCGUGGCACGCACCGCAUCGUCUGAAGGUGCGGCGGUAGACUUCGAUCUCCUGGAGCAGCUGCUCUCCGGCGACAACGCCUGGCUUGAAGUGGCGACCAACGCUUCACGCUCACCCAACUUUUUUGCUUCUCCUUGCACCUUCCUCUCGGAUGCCACAACUACCACCACGACGCCGGCAAGUGCAAAUAAUAACUUGUGGAUUCAGUCAAGCUCCACCUUCCGGCAACGGUUGGACCAAGCACUUGCUUACAUCGAAGAGACACAGAGAGACACCGAUGUGCUUGUGCAGCUAUGGAUGCCUGUCAAAAGCAACGAUGGGCAGUUGGUGCUGACAACAAGCGGGCAGCCCUUCACUCUUGACAAGAGCUCAGAAAGCCUCAAACGGUUCAGGGACGUGUCGACACAUUACCAGUUCUCUGCAGAUGUUGCAUCGGAGUCUUCUCCGGUGGGGCUUCCAGGGAGGGUGUUCAUUGGCAAGCUCCCUGAGUGGUCACCAGAUGUUCGGUACUUCACCAGCUAUGAAUACCCCAGGGUGAACCAUGCACAGGACCUAGACGUCCAUGGGACGAUGGGACUGCCAGUGUUCGAGAAGGGGAACUACUCAUGCUUGGGUGUGAUGGAAUUGAUCAUGACCAGACAGAAGCUCAACUUCACCUCUGAGAUCAAUAACAUCUGUAGUGCUCUCCAGGCAGUUAACCUGAGAAGCACAGAAGUUUCAAGCAUUCCACGCACAAAGUUCAACAGUGCUUCCUAUAAAGAUGCUCUACCAGAGAUAUUAGAAGUCCUACGAGCAGCCUGCAUCACCCACAAGCUCCCAUUAGCUCAGACCUGGGUCACAUGUGAUCAACAGGGGAAAAGGGGCAGCCGCCACUCUGAUGAGAAUUACCGGUACUGCAUUUCCACCAUUGAUGCAGCAUGCUAUGUCAAUGAUCCCUGUAUGCAGAACUUCCAUUACUCCUGCUCUGAGCACCACCUUCUGCGUGGGCAGGGGGUUGCAGGGAAAGCCUUCACCACAAACCAGCCAUGUUUCCUCCCAGAUAUUGGAUCUUCAACUAAACUAGAGUACCCAUUGUCUCACCAUGCUAAGAUCUUCAACUUAAAAGGUGCAGUGGCAAUCCGAUUGAGGUGCACACGCACUGGGACAGCGGACUUCGUGCUGGAAUUCUUUCUGCCAACCGACUGUGAAGCCCUCGAAGAGCAGAAGGCAGUGUUGGACUCAUUAUCGGGCACCAUGCGCAGUGUUUGCCAAACUCUGCGCGUGGUUACGGACAAGGAGAUGGAGGACGAGGCAAUGCUGGAAAUGAAUGAGCUGAACUCAUUUGGUCCUAAGGGGAAGAACAAAGUCAAGGAGUUUUCCUUCGGUGGCAAAGCAACAGAACAUAGAGAGGAGGCAUCAUGGACAAGUUUAGCAGGGACUUCACAGAAAGAAUCAGAUUUAGCUGAGUUAAGUAUCCAUGGAAUGUUCUCACCCGGAGGGCAGGGUUCAUCUCUAGCUGGUGUUCAGACAACUGCGCAAGGCAGCAAAGGAAAAAGGCGCACAAAGACAGAGAAGACUGUGAGCUUGCAGGUUCUCCGGCAGUACUUUGCUGGUAGCCUGAAAGAUGCAGCGAAGAACCUUGGAGUGUGUCCUACCACCCUCAAAAGAAUAUGCAGGCAGCAUGGCAUAAACCGCUGGCCAUCACGAAAGAUCAAGAAGGUAGACCAUUCUCUAAGAAAGCUGCAGCAGAUCAUUGAUUCAGUUCAUGGAGGAGAGACAGCUUUCCAGCUUAAUAACCUGUACAAGGAUCUCACAAACACCUCUGUAUCAUCUGACAACAAUUUGUCAGGAAGCAUCACAGUUCCUCUAACUAAGCAGAGCAAUCUUACUGAGUUUGAGAAGCACCGACGCCACAGGCUAAGCAACAAUGCGCCAUCAACCUCACACUCACAUUCGUCAUGCAGCCAAAGUUCUGAUUCAAGCCCGUCAUGCAGUGGUGGAGCAACAAAAGAUUCACCACCAGCUGGAGUUGAUUUGAUGAAGUCUGGGAGUCAUGUAAGACACAACCCUAUCCAGACUCUGCAAGCAGAAAAUGCUCUAAUAAAUGGACAUAUCUCAGUUCAGGAGGCAAGAGGAGAUCUUUUACAUAAUGUUAACCAAAAGGCUAUAGGUGGGCAGCAUUCUUCUCGAAGCCCAUCACCCCCCAAACAGAAUUCAGAUAUAGGUAUGAGAGUAAAGGCCACAUUUGGCUCAGAAAAGGUCAGGUUCAGAUUGAAGCCUGAGUCUGGCUUUCAAGAACUGAAGCAGGAGAUGGCAAGACGUUUGAGUAUAGUAGACACAAGUUCUUUGAUUGUAAAGUACCUGGAUGAUGAUUCAGAGUGGGUCUUAAUGACAUGUGAUGCAGAUUUACAAGAGUGCCUUCAUGUAUAUAAAUUAGCAAAUAUCCAAACAGUCAAAAUUUCUAUUCAUCUAGCUGCUAAUCCAGAGACAAAGGUCACUGUUGGUCACACUGGCUUGUCAUGAAGCCAUCAUCGAUCUCACCAGACUGUGGGAUUUAAUCAGAAUUCUUCAAAGAAGCAGUGCUUGGUUUUAUCCCAGGGAAACCCAGAAUCCAUGCUUGACAGCACAUGCUAAGUACCAAGUAACAUCACCACACCCGGUUUUGCUGUUAUCUACAUUAGCUUUUUAUUUGAUUCUGAGGUUAGGAGCUGCUGAUGACACUAGAAUGUUUGAGUAUGGGAAAGCCAGUUUUAACUAUUAGGAUAGACUGAAGCAUUGACUUGUAUAUACUAUCACUGAUGCACCCCAAACUCUGAAAGACAGUCCAACUUGAUUGAGUUGAUAUGGUGAAAUGUCUCUAAACAAGGUUUUCUCCAGAUAUCUGAUAUCUUUUGGUUCUGGGAAGCUUCUGUAUGAUUAUUGACCAACUUCAGUGGUCCCUUCAGCCGUCACCAAAGUUACCAGCAGAAAGACUUUCAGCCAUUCAGUGUGUUUUCUCAUUCCAUGGACGUGCGGCUUUGAUUUCGGAACAAAGAACUCUACAGUAAUUAUUCUGGACUAGAUAUUGAAGGAUAGGAUACUUUGUUCAAUUUGUUGAUCCUUCAAAAUGUCAAAAAUGUAUGGUACACUCGUACCACAUGAAGUGUCUCUUUAGAAAACUGUUUGCUACUGUAGACACUGCAAUUGGUUUCUUCAAGAAGCUUUCAGUUUCUCAACUGUACUGUCAAAUAUCAAUAUGCAGAUUGAAUUAUAUC